AUGAAGAAGCUUUUCACAUUAUGGAGAAGGAAGGAUGAGCCCCACACCCAGCCAGGCUACGACCUUAGAGAUAAGGAUUUAAAGAAACUUCACAAAGCUGCCUCGGUCGGGGAUUUAGAGAAGGUGAAGGAGUAUCUUCAGCUCAAGAAACAUGAUGUGAACAUGCGGGACAGAGAACACAGAACAGCUUUGCACCUGGCCUGUGCUAAUGGAUAUUCAAAUAUUGUAUCUCUCUUAAUUGAGAAACAGUGCAAAGUAAAUGUCUGGGAUGGUGAAAACAGAUCUCCAUUGACUAAGGCAGUACAGUGUGGCAAGGAGAGUUGUGCUACUAUUCUUCUAGAACAUGGUGCAGACCCAAACCUGGUAGAUUUAUACGGCAAUACUGCUCUUCAUUAUGCUGCUUGUCAUCAAAGUGACUCAUUAGUUGCAAAAUUGCUUGAACACAAAGCUAAUCUUGAAGCUCAAAAUAAGGAUGGGUAUACUCCACUUUUACUUGCCAUUACUGAAAAUAAUGCAGAAAUGGUAGAAUUUCUUCUGAAGAGUGGGGCAGAUGUGAAUGCUUCAGAUAAGAACCAAAGAACAGCCCUUAUGAUUGCUCUCAGUGAUGAACCAACAAGUUUAGUCAGUCUUCUUCUUCAGCAAGAGGUGAACCUAUCUUGUCAAGAUAUUAUGGAUUCACAGCUGAGGAAUAUGCUUCUUUCAAUGGUUUUACUAUGGUCCUGCUCACCAGAAGGCCCAGGACCCAGGCCCACACUCCAGUGCAUAGGCACUAGACCUGGGACCCCCAGGGCCCUCCAGCCAGAGACACUAGGACCCAGCUCCUGUGGACCUGGCCCACCACUAGCAGGCCAGACCCUGCCCAGGGACCUGGUCCCACAUACCAGCAAGCAUGUUCUAGCCUUGGGACCAACCUCACCCACCAGCAGGCAGAGAGCAGCCACAAGACAACCACAGCACUGCAACCUACAAAGCCAGCCCCUCCACCAGCAGGCCAAAUCCUGCCCUGUGACCAGUUGGGCCCUGGUCCCACCUACUACCAGGCCAACACAAGCUUGA